CUGCAGCAUAUAUUUGUAAAGAUGUUUUUUUCUUUAUGAACUGGCCUCGUACAAUGUGCAGGUUGAACCGUUGAUACACGUAUUCUACACGUAUUCCCAAUUACAAUUCUUGUUCUCAGCAAGACUAUAGAGAGUUUGAAUUUGAAUUUGAAACACAUUCGUGUAAUUUUGUGAAUGGGGGGUGGAAGUUUAUCAGAUGUGUAUUCACAGGCGAGGCGUCUGCUAUUAGAGGUCAGGGAUGGAUUAGAGAGGCUGGAGCGCUUGGAAUCUCACUCAUCGAUUUCAUCUCCCAGAGCAAGCGGACGGUCAAAUGAUGACUCUGCCCCCGACCUUGCGCAAACUCUCAAGCGCGACCUAUCUCAGCUCCAGACAUACAGUGCCGACAUGGACAGGCUCUGGCGGUCACAAAUGCCCAAAUCUCAGCGGGAUCUGUGGAAACGAAAGUUGGAGCAAGUAACAGAAGAAGUUGACUCUUUGAAGUUUGCUCUAGAUAAUUAUCUUUCUCGGCGUCACAGACGUCAGAUGGAAGUAAAGGAAAGGGCAGAGCUCUUGCAAAGAGUGAAUGGGGACUCUGCUCGUGUAUUGCAAAAUUUUGACGUGGAAGCACAAGCCAUGCAAUCGGCUCAAAAUUCGUCAUCCAUGCUUGAUGAGGCAUAUUCUACAGGGAUAGCUGUUCUAUCUAAGUAUGCAGAACAAAGAGACCGCUUGAAGCAAGCACAGCGCAAGGCUCUGGAUAUCAUUAAUACUGUUGGCUUGUCUAAUUCCAUGCUGAAAAUAAUUGAAAGACGACAUCGAAUGGAUAAGUGGAUAAUAUAUAUUGGCAUGUUCCUUACAGUUGUAAUUAUUGUAAUUGUUUGGAGAUGGACCCACUAGUGAUGCAGCUAAAUGCUGUGACUCUGAUCACUGAAGCACUUGCAAGGCAGCAAAAGUGCAUAAGGUUGAAGUAGCUGAAUUGAUAAUGACAUGCUAUUAUGAAAAUGUUAACUAAACGAAAGAUUUUUCAAAUAUACUAUUCAUUGUGGAUAGUGAUCUGAAUUUUACUACGUUUCCUAGGUAAUAAGAUUUGCGAUCUGUGCUCAACUUAUUUCCCCUUUUCUAAGUUCA